ACGAUGUAUGCCUCACACGGUUUACUAAGUGCGUUCAGUAAUAUCAGGAAUUUUGCCUGCCGAAAUUGCUAAAAAAACAUCACAUAGCGAACCUACCCGGCGAAACGACGGAUGGAAGUUAAACUUUAAUUAAUGAGUACACCAAUACUAUUGGCUGCCAGUAGUUGCAUAUCUCCCUGACUACAAUCAUACGGACGGCAACGCUUGAUUUUGGAUCGGAUAUGCGGCUAUAGCACCUGCUUUCGUUGAGCCGCUAGUUCAAUAUGAGCGGCCGUGGCGGUCGCGGCUUUGGCCGCGGCGGCGGGAGGGGCGGGUUUGGCGGCCGCGGAGGGCCUAUGGGCCCCGUUGCUCGUGACGAGGAUGGCACAGUAUUGCCCACAGCUCCCGCGGGACCUCCCCCGUUGUUUCCCGAGGUGGAGCUGCCCGAGCACCCGGACAUCACCGCCCGGGACAAGAUGCUGCUGCUCCGGCGGUUCGAGCUGACCCACCGCUCUAAGGCAUCGCCCUACUUCUUGGAACUGCCCAAAGCACAGCAAGACACGGGCACUCUGGCCGAGGGAUUCGACCCCUUCAAGCAGCCCGAGCCAGGGGCAGCCGGUGCGGCAGGAGGUGCUGCCACCGCGGGAGCAGCAGCGGUGGUGGGCGUAAAGCGGAGCCGGCCCCCGCUGUCCUCCGUGCUCACACUCGUACCCGAGUACUUCCCAGAGGAGCUCUACUCGUCUAAAGACAUGCGGGCCUCCCGGUUGCAGACGCUCAAGGGGCAAGACGCCUACUUCCGGGCGCAAAACCGGGGAGAUGACGCGGCAGGUCUAAAUCGGUUAGAGCAGUUGGCUCGGCUGGAGGGCGCCGCGGAGGAGGGCGGAGGGCGUAAGGCGGGAGGCGAGGGCGAGGAGGAGGAGGCUGCGGACGAGGAGGAGGUGCUUCACGACACGGACGAGGAGGAGGACAUGGAGGACGAUGACUACUACCAGGGCGAGCACUUCGAUGAUGAUGAGGGCUACGGUGAUGCCUUCGAAGACGGAGGCGACGAGGGGCCGGUGUACUAGCUGGGAGUGUGGACGGCCAAGUCUAUCAGGUUGGCAGGGAGAGGCAGCCAAAGAGGG